AUGUCAAGCCUCCCAGAGAGCACACUACUAUCACUAUCCCCCGCCCUCCCUCCCAACCCCACCACCGCCACCCUCGCCACCGCCCUCUCUUCCGCCACCACCACUUCCCACCUGAAACAAUUCCACGCCCAAAUCCUCCGCUCCAAGCUCGACCACCCCAACUCUCUCCUCCUCCUCAAGCUCGCCCUCGCCUCCUGCGUUCUCUCUCCCCCCAGCCUCGACUACGCCCUCUCCGUCUUCGCCCGCAUCCCCGACCCCGAACCCCGCCUCUCCAACAAGCUCCUUCGAGAAGUCUCGCGCCGCGGCGACGCGGACAAGACCCUCCUAGUGUACGGGAGGAUGAGGAGGGAGGGAUCGAGUGUGGACAGGUACAGCUUUCCCGCGGUGUUGAAGGCGGCGGGGAAGACCCAGGCGUUGGAGGAGGGGAGGGAGAUUCAUGGGCUCGCUACGAAGAUGGGUUUUGAUUCGGACCCGUUUGUGCAGACGGGGUUGGUGAGGAUGUAUGCGGGUUGUGGGAGGAUUUUGGAUGGCCGGUUGGUGUUUGAUAAAAUGUCUCAACGAGAUGUCGUUGCUUGGAGCAUUAUGAUUGAUGGAUACUCCCAGAGUCGGCUAUUUGACAAUGUGUUCAACCUCUAUGAAGAGAUGAGGAACUCUGGGGUGGAGCCUGAUGAGAUGAUUCUUUCCACCAUUCUUUCUGCUUGUGGUCGAGCUGGAAAUCUGAGCUGUGGGAAAGCAAUCCAUGACUUCGUCGUCGAGAAUAGUCUUCUUGCUGAUUCUCGUUUGCGAAGCGCUCUUGUUGCGAUGUAUGCAAGUUGUGGCUCCAUGGACAUAGCUCAAGAAUUGUUUGAUAAGAUGUCGUCCAAAAACUUAGUGGUCUCAACUGCCAUGAUUUCAGGAUAUUCGAAACUUGGACGACUUCAAGAUGCUCGCUUGAUAUUUGACCAAAUGGUUGAGAAGGACUUGGUCUCUUGGAGUGCCAUGAUUGCCGGCUAUGCUGAAAGUGAUUGGCCUCAAGAGGCUCUUAGAUUGUUUAAUGAUAUGCAAUUACUUGGAAUUAGACCUGACCAGAUAACUAUGUUAAGUGUCAUUUCAGCUUGUGCUCAUCUUGGUGCACUGGAUAAAGCGAACUGGAUGCACAUUUAUGCCGAUAGGAAUGGAUUUGGAGGUGCUUUACCUGUCAGCAAUGCGCUGGUCGAUAUGUAUGCCAAAUGUGGUAGCUUGGAAAGAGCGAGAGAGGUAUUUGAGAAGAUGCAGAGAAAAAAUGUAAUAUCUUGGACAAGUAUGAUCAAUGCAUGUGCCAUGCAUGGGGAUGCCGUCAAUGCUCUAAGUUUAUUCCAUCGAAUGAAAGACAAGAACGUUGAGCCCAACAGUGUAACAUUUGUGGGUGUGCUUUAUGCUUGUAGCCAUACAGGGUUGGUUGAGGAGGGCAGAAACAUUUUUGCUUCAAUGAUCAACGAAUACAACAUAGCUCCUAAACACGAGCAUUAUGGUUGCAUGGUUGACCUCUUUGGCCGUGCAAAUCUCUUGCGAGAAGCUCUUGAGGUUAUAGAGACAAUGCCUGUGGCACCUAAUGUUAUCAUUUGGGGAUCUUUGAUGGCUGCUUGUCGAAUUCAUGGGGAGAACGAAUUGGGAGAAUUUGCUGCGAAGCGGCUACUUGAGCUGGAACCAGACCAUGAUGGAGCCCAUGUGGUGUUAUCAAACAUUUAUGCCAAAGAAAGAAGAUGGGAAGACGUUGGGAAUAUGAGGAAACUAAUGAAGGACAGUGGGAUAUUGAAGGAAAGGGGAUUUAGCAGAAUAGAAUCAAACAGCGAGGUACACGAGUUUUUGAUGGCCGAUAGAAAUCAUAAACAAGCAGAUCAGAUUUACGAGAAGUUGGACAAUAUAGUAAGUGACUUGAGGCUUGCUGGUUAUGCUCCGAAUACGAGCAGCGUUUUGGUUGAUUUAGAAGAGGAAGAGAAGAAAGAAGUUGUUCUCUGGCACAGUGAGAAGUUGGCACUUUCUUAUGGUUUGAUAAGUGAGAGUAAAGAAUCAUGCAUUCGCGUAGUUAAAAAUCUUAGGAUUUGUGAAGAUUGCCAUACUUUCAUGAAGUUGUCUUCAAAGGUGUAUGGGAAAGAAAUUGUUGUCAGAGAUAGGACCAGGUUUCACCAUUUCAAAGAGGGUAUCUGUUCUUGUAAGGACUAUUGGUAA